CCUUCUCUACCCUGUGUCUUCAGAGAACAUGUUAGCUGUGCACUUUGACAAGCCAGGAGGACCAGAAAACCUCUACGUGAAGGAGGUGGACAAGCCGAGCCCAGGAGAGGGUGAAGUCCUCCUGAAGGUGGCGGCCAGCGCCCUGAACAGGGCGGACUUACUCCAGAGACAAGGCCAGUAUGACCCACCCCCAGGAGCCAGCAGCAUUUUGGGACUUGAAGCAUCUGGACACGUGGCAGAGCUGGGGCCUGGCUGCCAGGGGCACUGGAAGAUCGGGGACCCAGCCAUGGUUCUGCUGCCCGGCGGGGGCCAGGCUCAAUAUGUCACUGUCCCUGAAGGGCUCCUCAUGCCCAUCCCAGCAGGACUGACCCUGCCCCAGGCUGCAGCCAUCCCAGAGGCCUGGCUCACUGCCUUCCAGCUGUUACAUCUCAUAGGAAACAUUCAGGCUGGAGAAUCUGUGCUAAUCCACGCAGGAGCAAGUGGUGUGGGCACAGCUGCCAUCCAGCUCACCCGGAUGGCAGGAGCUACUCCUCUAGUCACAGCUGGCUCCCAGCACAAGCUUCAAAUAGCAGAAAAGCUUGGAGCAGCUGCUGGAUUCAAUUACAAAGAAGAGGAUUUUUCUGAAGCGACACUGAAAUUCACCAAAGGCGCUGGAGUCAACCUUAUUCUAGACUGCAUAGGUGGAUCCUACUGGGAGAAAAAUGUCAAGUGCCUGGCUCUUGAUGGUCGCUGGGUUCUCUAUGGUCUGAUGGGAGGAGCUGACAUCAGUGGGCCUCUCUUUUCAAAGCUGCUUGCUAAACGAGGAAGUCUGAUCACCAGUCUGCUGAGAUCUAGGGACAAAAAGUACAAGCAAACGCUGGUGAAGGCUUUCACAGAACAAAUUCUGCCCCACUUCUCCACCGAGGGCCCCCAACGUCUGCUGCCGGUUCUGGACAGAAUCUGCCCCGUGACUGAAAUCCAAGAAGCCCAUGUGUACAUGGAGACUAACAAGAACGUGGGCAAAAUCGUCCUGGAGCUGCCCCACUGAAGGAGGAGGGGGCACGGACAGCACAGGACACGGCUAUCUCAAGCCUUCCCAGAGCAAACUUGGA